AUGCCCGAACCCCGCAAUAUCCAGCAUCACCACCAUACGCCGGCAUACCAGGUACGGCGUACAAAGAUGGAGACUCAAAAGAUUGAGGUUCUCCUUUACGGUCUAGGAGCUAUCGGCUCCUUCUACGCGUUCAUCCUACAACGCAGCAACCGCGUGCGCUUAACGGUCGUCGCUCGAUCGAACUACCAAGCUGUUGUCAAGAAUGGCAUCUACAUCGACAGCGCGAACCACGGACAACACCGUUUCCAUCCCGACCUGGUGAUCAAAUCGCCCGCCGAAGCGACGCACCCAUACCGCUACGUCGUCUGCGCGAACAAGGCGAUCGAUCAAGACGCCGUGGUCGAGCAAUUGGCGCCCGCGGUGGACGAAACCACCACCUUUGUGAUCAUCCAGAACGGAGUGGGCAACGAGGAGCCGUUCCGGCGGGCGUUUCCGCGCUGCUCCAUCCUGACUUGCGUGACGUGGGUGGGCGCAACGCAGACCUCGCCCGGGGUAAUCACGCACAUCAACUCCGAAGACCUGCAGAUCGGCCUCUUCCCGAAUUUCUCUCUCGACGCCUCGCUUGAGAAGUCCCGGCUGCAGGAGUUCACCUCGUUCCUGGCGGACGGGCGGACCAGAUUCCAGGUCCGGGACGACAUGCAGCUGCCCCGGUGGGAGAAAGUCGUCUGGAACGCGGCGUGGAACGCCAUCACGGCGCUGACGAUGGUCGACACGCAGACGUGGCUGCGUUCUUCUACGCAGGCGACGCCGCUGACGAGGCGGCUGAUGGGGGAGGUGAUCGCUGUGGGGAGGGGGUGUGGCGUGGACAUUGACGAGGGGCUUGUGGACCGGCUGCUGGAGAAGAUCAAUGCGUUGCCGGGGAUUGGGAGUAGCAUGCAGACGGACUGUAGGAAUGGGAGGCCGAUGGAGAUUGAGGUUAUACUGGGGUAUCCGUUGCGGAGGGCAAAGGAGUUGGGGAUUGAUACGCCGGUUCUGGAGACGCUGACUUGCUUGUUGAGGGCGGUGGAUGGGCGAUUUCGCUGA